AGAAGCCACCACUUACAGAAGGUAUCUGUGUGGCUAGGCUGUGCCAGAGACGGUUCCACCCUGGUGGCUACCAUUUGAGGUAGCCCCCCACAACCACUGCCACCUGAGAAGCCAGCCUUGGACACCUGCUCUGCCUUUCCAAUCUGGGAUCUGGGAUUCCUUAUUUUGGAAGUCAACAACUGGAUAUUGCCUUUGAAAACAGCCCUAGGUUCCUUCCCUCUCUUGUUCCGUGCCUCCCUCAAGGGCCUCAGUCCUGGGCCAUGGCCCAUCGGGCAGGCCUAGGGCUUGGACAGCAGCUGCAAGUGUUGGCCUUCCUGCCUCUUCUUGGGUUAUUCCAGUCUGGUUUAGGGGCUGCCAAGGCUGAAGCUGUGUGUGGUGUCAUCUCCCAGGCUCGCAUCACGGGGGGCAGCAGUGCGCCCCCCGGGCAGUGGCCCUGGCAGGUCAGCAUUAUCUACAAUGGAGACCAUGUGUGCGGCGGGUCCCUCGUGUCUGAGCAGUGGGUGCUGUCGGCUGCUCACUGCUUCCCCAGGGAGCACUACAGGGAGGACUAUGAGGUGAAGCUGGGAGCCCACCAGCUGGACAGUUACAGCCUGGAUGCCAAGGCAAGCACAGUGGCGCAGAUCAUCUCCCACCCCAGCUACCGAGAGGAGGGCUCGGAGGGCGACAUUGCGCUGGUGCGCCUCAGCAGCCCUGUGUCCUUCUCCCGCUACAUCCGGCCCAUCUGCCUGCCAGCUGCCAACGCCUCCUUCCCCAACGGCCUCCAUUGUAUGGUCACCGGGUGGGGCCAUGUGGCCCAAUCAGUGAGCCUCCAGGCCCCCAGGCCUCUGCAGCAGCUGGAGGUGCCGCUCAUCAGCCGGGAGACUUGCAGCUGCCUCUACAACAUCGGCGCCAAGCCCGAGGAGCCCCAUGUUCUGCAGCAGGACAUGCUGUGUGCCGGCUACGUGGAGGGCCAGAGGGAUGCCUGCCAGGGUGACUCUGGGGGCCCUCUCUCCUGCCAUGUGGAAGGCAUCUGGUACCUGGCUGGCAUUGUGAGCUGGGGUGAUUCCUGUGGAGCCCCCAACAGGCCUGGAGUGUACACUAUGACUUCCAGCCAUGCCUCCUGGAUCCACCACCAUGUGGCAGAACUCCAGCCUCGGGUGGUGCCCCAAAUCCAGGAGUCCCAGCCCGAUGGCCACCUCUGCAACCACAGCUCCGCCUUUAGCUCUGCUCCCGCCCGGGCCUUAAGAAGGCCUGCCCUCCUCCUGCUGCUGGGCCUGCUACUCAGCCUCUUCUGCCCUUGACACAAGCACUGAGCUUCUUCACCCUGGAAGCUGGCAACCCCUUCCAGGACUAAGGACAUGUGCCUGCUCACAAGGAAGGACCUGGGCCCUGGGCUGACCACCCCUUGGUCACAGGGCUCUGCCGGAGGCCAGGCACCAUCCUGACCUUUGAGCCUAUGCUUCUGGAUUUCCUCUCUGGGAGUAUAAUCUAAAGUGAAGGGUGUCUUGGCCUAUGGUACUAGCCAGAACCCCCACCACCUCCAACCUAACUGGUUGGGCUCCCAGUUGUGAAAAUGAGUCCUAGCUUCUAGCCCGUUUCUAGAAGAUUGGGCAGCUGCCCAUUGCUGCUGAAGGCUGGCCCACCCUCCCUGCCUGAUGAGCCCGUCACUCAGCCUGCUCUUCCUGUGUUCUGAGUUUGCCUGCGCCGGUCACAGGAAAGGCCCGGAUCUUGCCCCGCUGCCUCUGAAUUCCUCUUACGCCCUGACUCCUGGACUCCGGAGGACUGAGCCCCCACCGGAGCUGGCUGGGGCUUGGGUUAGGGUGGGAACAGGAGGAGUAAAAUGUUUUGAGCAU